UGAUACCCUGACCUGCCCAGGAAUGCCCAGGUGGCCCUAACUAUAUGGGAUGUGUAUGGGCCAGGAAAGGCAGUGCCUGUGGGUGGGACAACGGUUUCGCUCUUUGGAAAAUACGGCAUGUUUCGUCAAGGGAUGCAUGACUUGAAAGUCUGGCCUAAUGUAGAAGCAGAUGGGUCAGAACCCACAAAAACUCCUGGCCGAACAAGCAGUACACUCUCAGAAGAUCAGAUGAGCCGCCUUGCCAAGCUCACCAAAGCCCAUCGGCAAGGACACAUGGUGAAAGUAGAUUGGCUGGACAGAUUGACAUUUAGAGAAAUUGAAAUGAUAAAUGAGAGUGAAAAACGAAGUUCUAAUUUCAUGUAUUUGAUGGUUGAGUUUCGAUGUGUCAAGUGCGACGAUAAAGAAUAUGGCAUUGUUUAUUAUGAAAAGGAUGGUGAUGAGUCAUCUCCAAUUUUAACAAGCUUUGAGAUAGUGAAAGUUCCUGACCCUCAGAUGUCUAUGGAGAACUUGGUUGAGAGCAAACACCACAAGCUUGCCCGGAGUUUAAGAAGCGGACCUUCUGACCAUGAUCUCAAGCCUAAUGCUACCACAAGAGACCAAUUAAAUAUUAUUGUGAGUUAUCCACCAACCAAGCAACUCACAUAUGAAGAACAAGAUCUUGUUUGGAAGUUUAGAUGUUAUCUUACUAACCAAGAAAAAGCUUUGACAAAAUUCUUGAAAUGUGUUAAUUGGGAUCUACCUCAGGAGGCCAAACAGGCCCUGGAACUGCUGGGGAAAUGGAAGCCCAUGGACGUGGAGGAUUCCCUGGAGCUACUGUCCUCCCAUUACACCAACCCCACAGUGAGGCGCUAUGCUGUGGCCCGGUUGCGCCAGGCAGAUGAUGAGGAUUUAUUGAUGUACCUAUUACAACUGGUCCAAGCUCUCAAAUAUGAAAAUUUUGACGAUAUAAAGAAUGGAUUAGAACCUACCAAGAAGGAUAGUCAGGGUUCAGUGUCAGAGAGUACAUCAAAUUCUGGAAUAAAUUCUGCAGAAAUAGAUAGCUCCCAAAUUAUAACCAGUCCUGUUCCUCCAGUGUCUUCCCCUCCCCCUGCAUCUAAAACGAAAGAAGGUUCAGAUGGUGAAAAUCUGGAGCAAGAUCUCUGCACCUUUUUGAUAUCAAGAGCCUGCAAAAACUCAACACUGGCUAAUUACUUAUACUGGUAUGUGAUAGUGGAAUGUGAAGAUCAAGAUACUCAGCAGAGAGACCCAAAGACCCAUGAGAUGUACUUGAAUGUGAUGAGACGAUUCAGCCAAGCAUUGUUGAAGGGUGACAAGUCUGUCAGAGUUAUGCGCUCCUUGCUGGCUGCACAGCAGACGUUUGUAGAUCGGCUGGUGCAUCUAAUGAAGGCAGUGCAGCGUGAAAGCGGAAAUCGUAAGAAAAAGAAUGAGAGACUACAGGCAUUGCUUGGAGAUAAUGAAAAGAUGAACUUGUCAGAUGUGGAACUUAUCCCAUUGCCUCUAGAACCCCAGGUGAAAAUUAGAGGAAUAAUCCCAGAAACAGCUACACUAUUCAAGAGUGCCCUUAUGCCUGCACAGUUGUUCUUUAAGACAGAAGAUGGAGGCAAAUACCCAGUUAUAUUUAAGCAUGGGGAUGACUUACGCCAAGAUCAACUUAUUCUUCAAAUCAUUUCACUCAUGGACAAGCUACUGCGGAAAGAAAAUCUGGAUUUGAAGUUAACACCCUAUAAAGUAUUAGCCACCAGUACAAAACAUGGCUUCAUGCAGUUUAUCCAGUCAGUUCCUGUUGCUGAAGUUCUUGAUACAGAAGGAAGCAUUCAGAACUUUUUUAGAAAAUAUGCACCAAGUGACAAUGGGCCCUAUGGGAUCAGUGCUGAGGUAAUGGACACGUAUGUUAAAAGCUGUGCUGGAUAUUGUGUGAUUACAUAUAUACUUGGAGUUGGAGACAGGCACUUGGAUAACCUUUUGCUAACAAAAACAGGCAAACUCUUCCACAUAGACUUUGGGUAUAUCUUGGGUCGGGAUCCGAAGCCUCUUCCUCCUCCAAUGAAGCUGAAUAAAGAGAUGGUGGAAGGCAUGGGGGGCACGCAGAGCGAGCAGUACCAGGAGUUCCGGAAGCAGUGCUACACAGCUUUCCUCCACCUGCGAAGGUAUUCUAAUCUAAUUUUGAACUUAUUUUCCUUGAUGGUGGAUGCGAACAUUCCAGAUAUUGCUCUUGAACCAGAUAAAACUGUGAAAAAGGUUCAGGAUAAAUUCCGCCUGGACCUGUCGGACGAGGAGGCGGUGCAUUACAUGCAGAGUCUGAUUGACGAGAGUGUCCACGCCCUGUUUGCUGCAGUGGUGGAGCAGAUUCACAAGUUUGCCCAGUACUGGAGAAAAUGAAACUGGGUUUGGUCCCCCAAGAAGCAUCCUGUGUAUAAUGAAGACUUCAGAGUAACAAGCAAGCAAGAAUGUUUAAUCUUCCAGAUGCCAUAUAUCCUAAAUGUUACAUGGUGUCUGAAUCCCUUGAAUGUCAGUGCUUAUAUAUGUUCUUGAAGGGUUUUGUUUUAAAAUAUUGUAUAUAUUUAUUUUCAAAUAUACACAUUAUUAAUAACCUA